AUGUUGGUGCCCAUCCCCCCCCCUCCCCGGAGGUCAGAACUGGACGUCACCUUGAUCUUGGUGUUGCGGCGUCUUCCGCUCUUGCUGUGGACCCUCCUGAGCUGUGAUGUGGGGGGGACUGCUCAGGGUCCGGGGGAGUGGACGCCCUGGGGCUCCUGGAGCAGGUGCUCCAGCUCGUGCGGCCGGGGCGUCUCGGUGCGCAGCCGCCGCUGCGUCCGACUUCCGGGAGCGGAGCCCUGCGCGGGGGACAGCCACGCGUACCGGGAGUGCCGGCUGCCGGACUGCCCCCCAGGGGCGGUGCCCUUCCGGGACCUGCAGUGCGCUCUCUACAACGGCCACCCGGUCCUGGGCGCCCAGGAGGCCUACCAGUGGGUGCCCUUCCACGGCGCACCCAACCUGUGUGACCUCAACUGCCUGGCUGAGGGCCACGCCUUCUACCAUAGCUUCGGGCGCGUGCUGGACGGCACCCCCUGCGGGCCCGGGGCGCCCGGCCUCUGCGUAGCGGGCCGCUGUCUGAGCGCCGGCUGCGACGGGCUGCUGGGCUCCGGCGCCCUCGAGGACCGCUGCGGCCUCUGCGGUGGCGCCAACGACUCGUGCCUGUUCGUGCAGCGCGUGUUCCGCGACGCGGGUGCCUUCGCUGGCUACUGGAACGUGACUCUCAUCCCCGAAGGCGCCAGGCACAUCCGCGUGGCCCAGCGCAGCCACAACCACCUGGCGCUGGUGGCCCGCGACGGGCGGUACGUGCUCGGCGGCGGCGGCGAGGGGGUGCCCAGCCUGCCUGGCACCUAUGAGGCUGCGGGCACCCGCGUGGUCUACACCCGCGGGGCGGGCCCCGAGGAGACUCUGCAGGCGACCGGGCCCACCUCCCAGGAGCUGCUGUUGCAGGUGCUGCUGCGGGAGCCCAAUCCAGGCGUGCACUUCGAGUUCUGGCUGCCCCGGGAGCGCUACGGUCCCUUCCAGGCGCAGGCGCAGGCCCUGGGCUGGCCCCUGCGACAGCCUCAGCCUCGGGAGGUGGAGCCGCAGCCUGCAGACACCCCUGUGGUCCCCGAGGCCAUCCCUGCCCGGGUUGCAUCCCUGACGCCAGACCCCUGCGGGCCAUGCCCUGACAGCAGGGGCCGCGCACACCGGCUUCUGCAUUACUGUGGCAGCGACUUUGUGUUCCAGGCCCGAGUGCUGGGCCGCCACCAGCAGGCCGAGGAGACCCGCUAUGAGGUGCGUGUCCUGCUCAUCUACAAAACCCAUUCACCGCUGCGCACUCGAGAGUAUGUGUGGGCGCCAGGCCCCUGCCCCUGCCCACCACUGGCCCCUCAUCGAGAGUACCUACUGGCUGUCAGGCGACUGGUCAGCCCUGAUGGCACACAGGACCGGCUACUGCUGCCCCACGCUGGCUAUGCUCGGCUCUGGAGUCCUGCAGAGGACAGCCGAGUUCGCCUGGCUGCUCGGCGCUGUCCGGUCUAAACCUCCCGCCGUCUGAGCUCACCAGCUUCUUCUGCUGCUGUCACGUGACUCAGAAAAACCUCCCACCAGGAUAUUUCGAGACACGAUCUCUCUGUUUGUAACCUUGGCUGGCGUGGACUCGCUGGAUAGACCAGGCUGGCCUUGAA